CUUUUUGAAUUGGCUGCGGCCGCCGGCGGCGAGGAAUGGCGGUAAAAGUGAGAAGGGUCGGUUCUUGAAAAGGUGGAACUUCCAGGGCGUCUUUUGAGAGUGCCAUUGCAGAAGAGUACAAAUAAUGGCUGAAAAUAGUGCAUUAACACCCACUACUGGGAGUACAAGCUUGGCAGACUCUUCCAUUUUUGAUUCUAAAGUUACCGAAACUUCUAAGGAAAACUUAUUUAUUGGGUCUACUUCAUAUGUUGAAGAAGAAAUGCCUCAGAUUGAAACAAGAGUAAUACUGGUUCAAGAAGCUGGAAAACAAGAAGAACUUAUAAAAGCCUUAAAGGAAAUUAAAGUGCCAUUUGUAAAGAUGGAAUCAGUUGAAGAACUUAAAAGUUUGGAUUCUCCAGAAUUUGAAAAUGUAUUCAUAGUCAUGGACUUCCAGGAUUCUGUCUUUAAUGAGUUAUACAGGACUGACUGUAGAGUUAUUGGACCACCAGUUGUAUUAAAUUGUGCACAAAAAGGAGAGCCUUUGCCAUUUUCAUGUCGCCCACUCUAUUGUACAAGCAUGAUGAAUCUAGUACUAUGUUUUACUGGAUUCAGGAAGAAAGAAGAACUAGUCAGAUUGGUGACAUUGGUUCAUCACAUGGGUGGAGUUAUUCGAAAAGACUUUAAUUCAAAAGUUACACAUUUGGUGGCAAAUUGUACACAAGGAGAAAAAUUCAGGAUAGCUGUGAGCCUGGGUACUCCAAUUAUGAAACCAGAAUGGAUAUAUAAAGCUUGGGAAAGGCGGAAUGAACAGGAUUUCUGUGCAUCAUUUGAUGAGUUUAGAAAUGAAUUUAAAGUUCCUCCAUUUCAAGAUUGCAUUUUAAGUUUCCUGGGAUUUUCAGAUGAAGAGAAAACCAAUAUGGAAGAAAUGACUGAAAUGCAAGGAGGAAACUAUUUACCUGUUGGAGAUGAAAGAUGCACUCACCUUAUAGUUGAAGAGAGUAUAGUAAAAGAACUUCCAUUUGAACCUUCAAAGAAACUUUAUGUUGUCAAGCAAGAGUGGUUCUGGGGAAGCAUUCAGAUGGAUGCCCGAGCUGGAGAAACUAUGUAUUUAUAUGAAAAGGCUAAUACACCUGAGCUCAAGAAAUCAGUAUCACUGCUUUCUCUAAAUACCCCAAACAGCAAUCGCAAAAGACGUCGUUUAAAAGAGACCCUUGCUCAGCUUUCAAGAGAGACAGACAUGUCACCUUUCCCUCCCCGUAAGCGCCCGUCAGCUGAACAUUCCCUUUCUAUAGGGUCACUCCUAGAUAUCUCCAACACACCAGAAUCUAGCAUUAACUAUGGAGAAACACCAAAAUCUUGUACUAAGUCAUCUAAAAAUUCUACUCCAGUUCCUUCAAAGCAGUCAGCCAGGUGGCAAGUUGCAAGAGAGCUCUAUCAGACUGAAAGUAAUUACGUAAAUAUAUUGGCCACAAUUAUUCAGUUAUUUCAAGUGCCAUUGGAAGAGGAAGGACAACGAGGUGGGCCUAUCCUUGCACCAGAAGAGAUUAAGACUAUUUUUGGUAGUAUUCCAGAUAUCUUUGAUGUGCACACUAAGAUAAAGGAUGAUCUUGAAGACCUUAUUGUUAAUUGGGAUGAGAGCAAAAGUAUUGGUGAUAUCUUUCUUAAAUAUUCAAAAGAUCUGGUAAAAACGUACCCUCCCUUUGUGAACUUCUUUGAAAUGAGCAAGGAAACAAUUAUUAAAUGUGAAAAACAGAAACCAAGAUUUCAUGCUUUUCUGAAGAUAAACCAAGCUAAACCAGAAUGUGGGCGGCAAAGCCUUGUUGAACUUCUCAUCCGACCAGUACAGAGGUUACCCAGUGUUGCAUUACUUUUAAAUGAUCUUAAGAAGCAUACAGCUGAAGAAAAUCCUGACAAAAGCACUCUAGAAAAAGCUAUUGGAUCACUAAAGGAAGUAAUGACCCAUAUUAAUGAGGAUAAGAGAAAGACAGAAGCCCAAAAGCAAAUUUUCGAUGUUGUUUAUGAAGUAGAUGGAUGUCCAGCUAAUCUUUUAUCUUCUCACCGAAGCUUAGUUCAGCGAGUUGAAACAAUUUCUCUAGGGGAGCACCCCUGUGACAGAGGAGAACAAGUAACCCUCUUCCUCUUCAAUGACUGCCUAGAGAUAGCAAGAAAACGACACAAGGUUAUUGGCACUUUUAGGAGUCCUCAUGGCCAGACCCGACCCCCAGCUUCUCUUAAGCAUAUUCAUCUAAUGCCUCUUUCUCAGAUUAAGAAGGUGCUAGACAUACGAGAGACAGAAGAUUGCCAUAAUGCUUUUGCCUUGCUUGUGAGGCCACCUACGGAGCAGGCAAAUGUGCUGCUCAGUUUCCAGAUGACAUCAGAGGAACUUCCAAAAGAAAACUGGCUAAAGAUGCUAUGUCGACAUGUAGCCAACACCAUUUGUAAAGCAGAUGCUGAGAAUCUUAUUUACACUGCUGAUCCAGAAUCCUUUGAAGUAAAUACGAAAGAUAUGGACAGUACACUGAGUAGAGCAUCUAGAGCAAUAAAAAAGACUUCAAAAAAGGUUACAAGAGCAUUCUCUUUCUCCAAAACUCCAAAAAGAGCUCUACGAAGGGCUCUUAUGACAUCCCAAAGUUCAGUGGAGGGAAGAAGUCCUUCUAGCAAUGAUAAACAUGUAAUGAGUCGUCUGUCUAGCACAUCAUCAUUAGCAGGCAUCCCAUCUCCUUCCCUUGUCAGCCUUCCUUCCUUCUUUGAAAGGAGAAGUCAUACUUUAAGUAGAUCUACAACUCAUUUGAUAUGAAGCUUAAAAAAAUCUUAAUUUGUAGAAACUUUUAAACAACCUCAUAUUCAAGUAAGAAACUGACUUAAAUGGUACUUGUCCUUAGCACUUGGUGAACGCUGGAAAGAAGGUAACACUAAACUAUGCCAUUUUAUCUUCUUGAAAGAGUAAGGUUAACUUCUUACAUUUUUUGUUAAUUCAUGUAAAAAAUUAUAUUGAUUUUGAUGUAAUUUUUCUCUUUGUUGAAUCCAAUUGAAGACCAAUAAUUUAAGUUAUUCGUGAUAUUAGUAACUUUGCCACGUGAUGCAGUAAAUAAAUUUUAUUGGCUGACGCCAAAUACUGCUGUGAAUCUCUUUGUAUAGCGUCCAUGAAUGAAUUUUUGGAAAUAAAUAUCUGUGUAUCUCAAUUUGUUCAGAAAUUAAGUGAUACCACAGUACUUACUAGAUAAAAACCUGCAUAGAUCUCUGAAUAGUGGGUUCUUGGUCCACAUGUGCUAUUUAAAGUAGUUAUUUAACUGCUCCUUUUGCAGUUUAUUUAAUAAAUAAAGAUACAGCGUGUGGAUUUUAAAAGAUUUGCCCCUAUUAACAAGAAUAACAGUUAAAGGAGAUGGUUUCAAAAUACGCUUGCGAAUUGAGAUAAGGGCAGAAAGAUUAGAAAAUAAUGUAUAUUUUGCACAAACAUGAUACUGGUGUAUACUUGUAGCUGUUUAAGGGACAAUAUACUUAUGGUGAUUUUAGCCACUAGCAGAUCUUGAUUUAGUUUGAUAGUGUGUGGAAUUUUAUUUUGAAGGAUAAAACCAUGGGGAAGUUGUGGUAAAGAUUGUUUAUAUUCUUUAUGAAAUAAUUCUAAAGUUGGCUAACCUGCUGUAAAAUACAUAGAUAUGUGUAUGGUCAGAUUUUUAUCAUGGCCUCAUAAUUAAGUGUAAAACUGAAAUACAUUUAUUUGCUUUUGUAAAAUAUUUUUCAAACCCUGAUGUUAUCUUUCACAGUAGUUUUUUUUUUUUUUAAGUCAGUAAUACAAAUUAAUCAAGUUCCUAUGAAUAAAUGCAUUUUUAUUUCCCACCUGUUUAGGGAGUACUACAAAUGUUUAAUUGUCACCUAACAAUUUUCAGUUAUCAGUUAUAAUAGUUUAACUGACUAUAUAGAUUUUUUUCUAU